AUGCAAGAUUUCACGAGUAUCCUUAAUAUUAUAUUCAUAAUAAGCGCUGGUGUUUUAACCUUUGUUAUUCUUUUUAUCUUUGCAAAAAGACAAAUCACCAGAUUCGCUCUUCGUUCUAGAAGAGGCCCUCAUGUACCUAUAGGAACUGAUGGUAAAAAAUGUCUCAAGAAAGAGAUAGAGCGCAGAAUAGAAGCUGUGCCAAGGAUAAUGUAUGAACCUCGUUUACUCUGUGGUGAUUUGUCUCAUUACAUAUUGGAGCCACAACAACCUUACCAUUAUAGAUUCAGAGCUGUUGAUGAUGUUAAGACUUUAGAAGAAGAAAUUGCCUGUCAAGAUCCAAAUCUUCGACGUCAUCCACGAGAGUCCUUGCGCGCUUUCCUCUUAUCAUCUCUUGCUGCCCCUCUUGAUGGCAGAGGACAAAAACUAAUACAUCAGUUUUGUGACGCCUAUGAAUCAGCCAGGCACCACCCGGCUGAGUUUGGUGAGGAAGAAUAUAGAGCUUACAACAGAUUGUUAUUGAAACUUUUAGAUGCAGCUCGGUUACUUAAAAGCGUUGGUUGUGUGAGUGGAGGUUCACGAGGGAGUCCACAGCGGCGUCCUGCCAGACUUCUCGAUCCAACAAGACUUAGACCUCCUCUUGCACACAAUAAUCAAUACACAGCACUAGAGAAUUUGCCAGUUGACACUAAGCUAGAAGAUGAAAUAAUAAGAGUGCCAAUCAAAAGUCCGACUGAGCCCGUGGUGAAGCCUCCUGCAGAUGAAACAGCUGUCUGA